UGCGGAGCUCUUCCCGCUUUGAGCUCGAGCUGAUCCGAGUGCCGUUUGGCGGAUGACAGUUUGUUUUCACAGAGGGCCUGUAUGAAAAGAAGAACGAACAUUUAAGUCCUCAACUACGGGACGUUCAUCGCUUUGUCGUCAAGAUGAGGCCGCUUAUUCCAAAAUCCAAAGGAUGUGAAUCCCGGCGACCUGUCUGUGUAGAACAGCUCUAGCCGAGCCGAGGGAAAGAGUGCAGUUCAAACAAGCAUGAGGCUGCUGGCCUCCUCGCCACACCGACUACAACACACACGCGUCGCCCCUAUGGAGUUUUAACCCCUGCAGGAGUACAGGCUGCCUCGGUCCACCGACACUGGUGAAGGAACACGGGUAUGUAUGAGCACACACCGAUAUAACAGCCCCUCCCUUUGGUUCUGCCCUUGAAUAACGAGCAAAAUACUAGAGCGAUAGAAAGAGAGCGAGAGACUGAGGGUCCCAUGUGCCAUUGGGCAGCGGGGCUUUCGCCAUGAGCAGUACUCUGGGCAAAGAUAAAGACUCUAAGGAGAGGGAACCCAAAGCUGAAGGGAAAUCCAAAACCAAAGGGAAAGAUGCCAAAGACGGGAAGAAAGACACGAGCGGCGCUUCGCCCGCGGUGGCCUUCACGUUGGACAGCACGAUAAAGCGGCCCAACCCGCCGCCUAGCACGCGCAAAAAAUCCAGCAACGCAGAGGUCAUCAAGGAGCUGAACAAGUGCCGUGAGGAGAACUCGAUGCGCCUGGACCUGUCCAAGAGAUCCAUCCAUCUCUUGCCCUCUUCCAUUAGGGAGCUGACCCAGCUGACCGAGCUCUACCUGUACAGCAACAAGCUGCAAAGUCUGCCGCCCGAGUUGGGAUGCCUGUCAGGACUGGUGACGCUGGCGCUCAGCGAGAACUCUCUCACCAGCCUGCCCGACUCACUGGACAACCUGAAGAAGUUGCGUAUGCUCGACCUGCGGCAUAACAAGCUGCGGGAGAUCCCGGCCGUGGUGUACCGCGUCACCUCCCUCACCACGCUCUACCUGCGCUUUAACCGGAUCACCACCGUGGAGAAGGACAUCAAGAAUCUGUCCAAACUCACCAUGCUCAGCAUCCGAGAGAACAAGAUUAAACAGCUGCCCGCGGAGAUCGGUGAGCUCUGUAACUUGAUUACGCUGGAUGUAGCCCACAACCAGUUGGAGCACCUUCCUAAAGAGAUCGGCAAUUGCACUCAGAUCACCAACCUUGACCUGCAGCACAAUGAACUUCUUGACCUACCUGAGACUAUAGGUAAUUUGUCGAGUAUAAACCGUCUGGGUCUGAGAUACAACCGCCUGUCAGCAAUCCCUCGAUCUUUAGCGAAGUGCCGAGAGCUGGAAGAGCUCAACCUUGAGAACAACAACAUCUCAGUGUUACCAGAGGGGCUUCUGUCCAGUCUGGUGAACCUGACGAGUCUGACGCUGGCGCGGAACUGUUUCCAGUCUUACCCAGUGGGCGGCCCGUCCCAGUUUUCCACCAUCUACUCACUCAACAUGGAGCACAACCGUAUCAACAAGAUCCCCUUCGGCAUCUUCUCCCGAGCCAAAGUGCUCAGCAAGCUCAAUAUGAAGGACAACCAGUUAACAUCUCUUCCGCUGGAUUUUGGGACGUGGACCAGUAUGGUGGAGCUGAACCUGGCAACAAACCAGCUUACCAAGAUUCCAGAGGAUAUCUGCGGACUUGUGUCUUUAGAGGUCCUCAUAUUGUCCAACAAUCUCUUGAAGAAGUUGCCUCAUGGGAUUGGGAACUUGAGGAAACUACGAGAGCUUGACCUGGAGGAGAACAAACUGGAGUCCCUCCCGAAUGAGAUUGCCUACCUUAAGGAUCUGCAGAAACUUGUGUUGACCAAUAACCAGCUGACCACUUUGCCGAGAGGAAUCGGUCACCUGACCAACCUGACGUACCUGGGCUUGGGAGAGAAUCUACUGCAGCACCUACCCGAGGAGAUCGGCACACUGGAGAACCUGGAGGACCUGUACCUGAACGACAACCCUAACCUGCACAGUCUGCCGUUCGAGCUGGCCCUGUGCAGCAAGCUGUCCAUCAUGAGCAUCGAGAACUGCCCCCUCAGCCACCUCCCACCGCAGAUCGUCGCCGGAGGCCCUUCCUUCAUCAUCCAGUUCCUCAAGAUGCAGGGUCCCUACCGGGCCAUGGUCUGAGACGCUCGCACACCGUACAAAGAGGAAACCCAAUCGUCACGCGACGCUACCGUGCCGUCGUGCUCAUCAUAUCUAGGACAAGAAACUGCGCAACUGGGUUCCAAUUGAUGGAGGAAUCAUAGCCAAUUAGGUCCCCCGUAGAAAACAACGUCUAGACUUCUGUUGCCAAAAUUAAUGUACAUUAGUGAUUCUGAAGAGGCGCUCUUAAAAUGUUCCAAUCAUUUUGCCAAUUUAUUGAAAGUCAUUACAGGGGUUUUCGAUGCCGGGAAACAGUUGUAUGCAAAAACAAAACAUUUCUACAAGUUCAUUUUUUUGCUGCUGCUGCCGCCAUACUGUAUGCGAGUUAUUUGAUUUGAUUUUAGCCAGUUCUUUUUAUUUUUUAUCAUCCCACAACCAAAAGUUUUUUUUUAUUGUACAGAGGACCUGUUUGGAAGCAGUGAACAAAAUUUAGUGCGUUUUCUUUCUUUCUUUUUUUUUUUAAAUUGUUGUUUAUUAUAGAAUUGUGCCUAUCCAGUGCAGUUGGGUGGUUUGUGUCUGAACAUAAAUAUCCAAGAGGUUUUUAAUACAAAAAGGAUGAAUUUGCUAAAGUAUAAUUUAUUGUUGAUUAUUUUGUCGGUCCCUUUUCGAAAUACUCAUUCCCGUUC